GUUUUUUUAAUGAAUCCCCCUUUACUAUUUCUCAAGCUUCCCAAACAAACUAUGUUACAAUGAUCCCACGCUGCGGAGCUUCUCCAGAAGUGUAGAUUAGUUCAUUUACUUCUUGUUUUUGCAGAAACUGGAGGGGCACAACCGGCGUUGAGUCGACACAAGCAGUGUCACCCACAUUGUCCCGUCCAGUGUGGUCCAUCCCAAUCACCCGGCGAUGUCAGGAGACCUUCUACAGAGGCUCAGCACCUUCAUCCCGAGUGUGAAGCCCUUCCAGCUCUCCGACAUCGUAGUGCCCUCCUUGCCGCUGCCCAGCCCAACCGUCCCCUGCUCUGAAGUCCCCAUCCUGUUCCGGGAACCUUACAUUCUGACGGGCUACCGUCCCGUGCAGCAAAAGUGGCACUGCUACCUCCUCAGCCUCUUCCAGAAACACAACGAAUCCAUCAAUGUGUGGACUCACUUACUGGCCGCUCCUGUGUUGCUGCUUCACUGGCGGGCCAACUUAGGGCCCCUGGGGUACACCUUAGAUGUAGCCUCCCUGCCUUUACUCGUCUUCUUGGUGUCUUCGCUUACAUAUUUGUUCCUCAGCGCGGCAGCACACCUCUUUCAGUCGCACUCGGAGCAUGCACACUAUUUCUUCUUCUUCAUGGACUAUGUAGGCGUGGCUGUCUAUCAGUACGGCUGUUGCAUUGGACAUUAUUUCUACACGUCACAGCCGGCUUGGAGGGACAGCCUUGUAGGCUCCCUUUUCUUGCCAGGAGCUGCCUUCUUCAGUUGCCUUACCUGCGCUUGCUGCUGUUUCGCCAAAUCCAGAUUCCAGCGACCAUAUCCCGUGGGUCGGAAAGCGUGCCAGCUGAUCCCCACCUCGCUGGCAUAUCUACUAGACAUCAGCCCCGUGGUCCACAGGCUGUUCACCGCAUCCUGGGCGGAGGAGCGCUCCCUGCUCUUCCAUGCGCUCCAGAUUGCUUCAUUCCUCCUGUGCGCUGUUUUCUUCUCCUGUCCUAUCCCCGAGCGCUUCUUCCCAGGCCGCUGUGAUUUCGUUGGCCAAGGACACCAGAUCUUCCACCUCUUUUUGUCCCUGUGCACAUUGUUUCAACAGGAGGCUCUGUUCCAGGAUUACGUCAGGCGGCGGGAUACAGUGGUGGAGAUAUUCGGUUCUGUCACUCCUGGCCCCUCCCCAUUACACACAAACGCACCGACCAGCGAGGUGCAGCUCUUCCUGUCUCACUCGCUCGGCUGCAGCAGAGAAACGGAGAAGGAAGUUGCAUUUUUUUACACCACGGUAAGCUGCGACUUGUUAAAACAAUAUAACGCUGCACUUCAGUGCCCCGUGAGAAUGACGUCCUUGCGGAAACACGGCGUCAGGGUCCAGGAGAACAUUCUAUUUAUUUUCCCCGCACCCUCACCUUGCCUCAGGGGAAAGCAUGGCCGCCAGGGAGGGAGGUAUAUGCACGCAUGUGCAACAAAAGGUUGUUACUGAAUGCUUAUUUACUUUAUGCCACCGCAAAGUGAUAAAGCGAAUUCGUUCUGUAUGUUGCUACGUAAGUGACGUCCUUACAGGUUUUUCCGGAUGUGGUGUCCUUGCUAGUGAUUGCUGACAUGUAAAGUUAUAUAGUGUGUCCCAGGUAUCAGAAGAUAACAGAAUACAUUCAUUCAUCAGGUAAUUUUGGACUUAUUUUUUGUUACCUGGCGUUUUGUCCUAAA